UGUACCAUCAGCGACGCAUGUACAAAUUGCGCGGAAACGUCUUUCGAAUUUUCAGUCUAAUCAAGCACACAAUUUAGCUGGGCUACUUAAUCAGCCUCAGUUGUAAUCCAUUUCAAUUCAUGCACUAUCGGAUUUAGCUUAAGUCAAACCUGUAUUAUUCGUAAGGACCGUAACACAGAACCUUGUAAUGGCAACUCUAGCAGAGCAGGCUUCAAAGCUGCUGGACUUUGAUCAGAAGUUGGACAUCACAUUACUUGAUAGUAUAGUCGGGUGCAUGUACUCUGGAGCUGGGGAACAACAACGUCUAGCACGUGAUGUUUUGACGACAUUGAAGGAACAUCCUCAGGCGUGGACGAGAGUAGACACAAUCCUCGAAUUUUCAAGUAAUCAAGAAACAAAGUAUUAUGCCCUACAAAUCUUGGAAGCCGUCAUAAAAACCAGAUGGAAAACCUUGCCUCGAGAGCAAUGUGAAGGGAUAAAGAAAUACAUCGUCGGUUUGAUCAUCAAAACUUCCUCGGACAACGACAGUGCCGAACGUGAAAAAGUGUACCUUAGCAAACUCAAUAUGGUACUGGUUCUGAUUCUGGAACGUGAAUGGCCGAAACACUGGCCCUCGUUCAUCCCAGAUAUUGUGGGUGCCAGCAAAACCAACGAGAGUUUAUGCCAAAAUAACAUGGCCAUCCUCAAGCUUCUUUCUGAGGAAGUGUUUGACUUUUCAUCUGGAAACAUGACGCAGAUCAAAGCUAAACACCUGAAGGAUUCGAUGUGCUCCGAGUUUUCUCAGAUUUUCCAGCUCUGCCAGUUUGUGAUGGACAAUUCGGCGAACGCUGCGUUGGUGGGUUCUACCCUGGAGACGCUUUUACGAUUUCUCAGCUGGGUGCCUUUGGGCUAUAUAUUUGAAACUAAGCUGAUCACAACCCUCAUCUUUAAGUUUCUGAACGUGCCACUCUUUCGCAAUGUCACGUUGAAAUGUCUCACAGAAAUAGCAGGCCUAGCUACUGGUCCUCAGUAUGAUGACGCAUUCGCUGCUCUGUUCGCCCAGACGAUGGCCCAGCUGGAGUUGAUGUUGCCACUUGACAUCAACAUAAAAGAAGCUUUCGCCAAAGGACACGACGCAGAGCAGAAUUUUAUCCAGAACUUGGCAAUGUUUUUGUGCACGAUGCUUCGUCAACACGGUCCUCUGAUGGAGCGUCGUGAGAAGGGCAACGUUCUCAAAGCACUUCAGUAUUUGUUACUCAUCUCUGAGGUAGAAGAAACGGAAAUUUUCAAAAUUUGCCUUGAAUACUGGAAUGCCUUGGCUGCUGACUUGUAUCGCGAGACGCCAUUCACCAUCCCAACCGUCCCAAUGUUUAUGAGCAAGACAAGCAACACAGGAUCAUCUGUACGACGUGUCUUCUAUCAGGCAGUCCUCAGUCGGCUGCGUUACAUCAUCAUUAGUCGAAUGGCGAAGCCUGAAGAGGUGCUAGUGGUUGAGAACGAGAAUGGUGAAGUAGUUCGCGAAUUCAUGAAAGACACAGAUUCCAUCAAUCUGUACAAAAACAUGCGUGAGACGCUCGUUUACCUUACCCACUUGGAUUACGUGGAUGCCGAGAGGAUCAUGACGGACAAACUGCAGAAUCAAGUCAACGGCACUGAAUGGUCGUGGAAAAACCUCAAUACUUUGUGCUGGGCUAUUGGCAGCAUUUCUGGUGCCAUGCACGAAGAGGACGAGAAACGUUUCUUGGUCACCGUCAUUAAAGAACUUCUAGGCCUUUGUGAGCAGAAGAAAGGCAAGGAUAACAAAGCUAUUAUUGCCUCCAACAUCAUGUAUGUUGUUGGACAGUAUCCCCGUUUCCUUCGAGCUCACUGGAGGUUCCUGAAAACUGUAGUCAAUAAGCUCUUCGAGUUUAUGCACGAAACACACGAUGGUGUUCAGGACAUGGCAUGUGAUACCUUCAUCAAAAUCGCCCAAAAAUGCCGACGGCACUUCGUGCAGGUGCAAGCAGGUGAAGUGACUCCUUUCAUCGAAGAGAUCCUGUCGACCAUUAGCACCAUUAUUUGCGAUCUACAACCGCAACAAGUGCACACGUUCUACGAAGCUGUCGGCUACAUGAUCAGCGCUCAGAACGAAAAAUUUGUCCAAGAGCCUUUGAUUGAGCGCUAUAUGCUCCUACCCAACCAAGUAUGGGACGACAUCAUCAAUCAGGCGACGCGCAAUGUCGAUGUUCUCAAAGACCCCGACGCAGUCAAGCAGCUGGCUAAUAUUCUAAAGACGAACGUCCGCGCCUGCAAAGCGCUCGGUCACCCAUACGUCUCACAGCUCGGCAGGAUCUAUUUAGACAUGCUAAAUGUGUACAAGGUGAUGUCUGAAAACAUAAGCGGUGCCAUUGCACUCAGUGGAGAGAACGUCACCAAGCAGCCCUUGAUUAAGAGCAUGCGGCUUGUCAAGAAAGAAACCCUCAAACUCAUCUCGGAUUGGGUCUCCCGCUCCAACGAUCCCGAGUUGGUGCUCGACAACUUCAUUCCUCCGUUGUUGAAUGCCGUCUUGUAUGAUUACCAACGGUGUGCUGUUCCUUCUGCCCGCGAGCCGGAGGUUUUGAGCACGAUGGCUACCAUUGUCAACAAACUGGAAGGUCAUACCACGUCGAAUGUUCCGAAAAUCUUUGACGCGGUUUUCCAGUGCACGUUGGACAUGAUCAAUAAGAACUUCGAGGAAUUCCCUGAGCAUCGUACCAACUUCUACCUUCUGCUUCAGUCGGUCAAUAAUCACUGCUUCCCGGCCUUCCUCAGCCUGCCACCAGCCCAGUUCAAGCUAGUGCUCGACUCAAUCAUUUGGGCUUUCAAGCAUACGAUGCGCAAUGUUGCCGACACUGGUCUUGAUAUUCUCUACCAGUUACUGCAGAAUGUUAGCCAACAUGAGCAGGCAGCCCAAAGCUUUUACCAAACCUACUACAUGGAAAUUCUACAACACGUGUUUUCCGUUGUGACGGAUACAUCGCACACGGCGGCUCUCACGAUGCACGCUACUAUCCUUGCCUACAUGUUCACCAUCGUCGAAAUGGGAAAGGUGGCGGUAUCGUUAAAUACCGCGGUUCCUGUUGUGGCACCGGAGAAUCUGGCGGCCGCCAACGUCAUCUUCGUCCAGAAUUUUGUGGCGGAGGUGCUGCACAAUGCCUUCCCUCACCUGACGCAGCUGCAGCUUAAAGUGACUGUAGAAGGUCUCUUUAAUUUGGAUCAAGACAUCACUGGGUUCCGGGAACAUCUCAGAGAUUUCCUCGUUCAGAUCAAAGAAUUCACCGGGGACGACGACAGCGACCUCUACUUGGAAGAAAGGGAAGGUGAACUGCGACGUGCUCAAGACGAGAAACGAAAAGUUCAAAUGUCGGUGCCGGGCAUUUUGAACCCGCACGAAAUCGCCGAAGAAAUGCAAGAUUAAAAUCUUACUUAAAUCAUAAGGUACGCAGCCUGAGCCCCAUAUGCUUUAUCUGAAUGAAGAAAAACAUUUAAAAAAAUGGUGGGCCCUUGCAUCAUUAAACAAUUCACAGUGUCCAGAAUGUGCUUGAUUCAUCAUACAAUUUGAAAGAACAUGGGGCCACGAACAAGGAUUGGGUCGUAUCGUUUCUUUUUUUUUUUUUUUUUUAAGAAAUGGGUCGGGAUCUUUUUUUUUUUUUUUUUUCGUACGAUUUAUUUCAUUAUACUUUUUUUUUCCUCCUUUCACGUUGGUUUUUUUUUUUCCUUUUUUUUUGCCCUGCGAAGACAACUGGCUUGUAAAGCAGCAGUCAAAUCAUUGUGGUGUAGUACAGUAUGAGUGCGCCUGUGUGCUUGUGUCUUAGUUUAAAAAAAAAAAAAAGGAAAGCUGGAAACGUUUUGCGAGAGUUUCGUGAAGAAAGAGUACCACCCCGAUUCCCCUUCUCUCACCACAUGAUCUUUUCAACUGACAUGUCAUAUUCAUAUCUGCGGCCACUUGAAGCAGUUGCUGUCUUUUUCUUUUCUUUUGCAAAAUAGAUGAAGAUAGAAAGUUAACAUCGGAUCACGUCGAAAUUCAUAUACGAGCACACCUCUCCCCCGUGGUUUCAUUUUGCUUUAUCCAUGGCAACUCCCUCCCUCUCUUCUCUUGUCACCAUGAUCACGGCUAUUCACGCUUCUGUCAGUUUUUUGACGCUUUCCUUUAUACCACACCUCGAAUUUCCGUAUAAAAAAAAAUGAUCGUAGCCCUUCUUGUGGUUAACAUUGUGUCGUGUGUGAUUGCGCUAUGUACUUGUAAUUUGUUGUCUCCUUCCUUAAUGGCUUUUUUUUAUUUUUUAUUUUUUUUUUCUUUGGUUCGUCGUCCAGUCGAAAACUGAUUGAAAAAUUGGGAUUGGUGAUUCUGUUCAUCUCUCGAUGGGUCAUACAAUUGGGGUUCACUUCUAUGUCCUCUGUGAGGAGCUGGGCCCAAACCUCAAUCCCUUACCACCACUUUCCCCUAUCCUAAAAAAAAAAAACUUGUUUAAUGCGUGGGAUACUUUCAAAAA